AACUUUAGCAAGAAAAUAUGCGCUUAUGUACUAAAAUAUGCACUAACCAAGCCAGAGUACUGUUUCUAAUGAUACUUUUUAUUCAGGGUAGAAUAAGGUUUUAAAUAGGUAUACCAAUGCAAUUGCUGUUUAAAUAAGUGCAAUGGAAAAUAAUCAAACUGAUUCUAUUGGUACGUGGGAUAGCGAAAAAGUUGCAUCUCUCGUACUUGCUUUCGCAGCUGCACCGCUGGUUCUUUACGUCACAAUUUCAAUGAUUAUUUAUUCAAUUCGAAAAGAACUAAAAUCCGAUCAGGUUUACCGCCGCAAAUACAACAUAUUGAUGAAAGUGUUAAGCAUUCUUGGUGGAUUUUCUGUACUGAGUUUUAAUGUGGUUCAAAUGCCAUUCGUGGUCCGAUUGCCGAUGGGUUACUGUCCAGUAUACGAAAGUUUGAGGGUGAUCUUUUUUGGCCUUGGUAUACUGAGCACGUACGGCGUGUUUUGGGUUCGAAUGUUGACUACGUUCUACUUAGACCCGGUGCUGAAGGAAAACAUAGGACGAUGGCUGCAUAUAUUCAGUAGGGUGACAUUUGUAGUACUUUUAAUCGGAGCCGCCGCUUCUACUGGGCUAUUUCUGUCGCCGCUAAGGUACAGAUGGAACCCAACUGGUUGUGCUGUUGACAAGACAAUUGAUGUUGGUACAAAAUGGGGGAUCGUAGCACUUACAACAUUUGUGUGCCAGGCAUCCCUUUUGUUCUACUUUAUAUACCCAAUCUACAUGCACCGUCGACGAAUGCUAACUCAGGGAAUUGAGCAAAAUAACGCCAUGCCGUUAGUGAAGCAAUUAGCCAUUACAAUGGCAGUAUGCGUUGUAAUAAAUGUCGUUUGCUACAGCGUUGUCAUUGUUUACAAAAGCCCAAUGGUGUUCCUAUCUCACUUAGCGCUAAACGUAAACCUACUUGUACACCUAUCCGCACUGUUAUAUUCUUUCACCGACUGGAAAAGGGUUAUGACUCCAACAUGCUUCUUUGAAACCGACCUACAACGCUCGAUCAGUACAGUGAGCAGUUCUGCUGGAACACUGCCGCGUCUGGUUAGUUCCGUGAAACGUGUUUCCAGCAUAACAUGAUUUAUUUUGUGUUUAAUCAAUUUUUGGCAUUUUCCGAUUUUUACAGUAUUAUAAAUAAAUUAUUUCG